AUGCCAACACUGCCUCUGAAAAUGACUACUGGUUGGAAACAUCAAGUUUACAGCGAUCAGCGUCCACAGGAGCUAGAACAGAGAGGUGACCUCUAUGGCCUGUUCUUUCUUGGAGAUAUUGUGACUCUAGCCUGUGAUUGUGUGUGUGGGGACAACGUGGUCCUCAGUCCGCUGCCCACCUGCCGCACCAGGACCUUCUCUGCGACAGUGAGGGUGUCCCUGGGCACCGUGUACAAGGGCGUCUGCAAGUGCUUCUGCUGUUCCAAGGGCCACGACUUCAUCACGCUGGCCGAUGGAGGCCCUGACAUCUUCCUGCAUAUCUCUGACGUGGAAGGCGAGUACGUGUCUGUGGAAGGUGAUGAGGUGACCUACAAGAUGUGCUCGAUCCCACCCAAGAACGAGAGGCUGCAGGCCGUGGAAGUUGUCAUCACCCACCUGGCGCCAGGCACCAAGCACGAGACCUGGUCGGGCCACGUGGUCAGCUCCUAGGAGCCCAGCAACCCCAGACCCAGGGCGGGUGGGCGAGUGGGAGGGGGCGAUGACACCGGGACUGAUGGUCCCCCCCACCUGAAGACAUUAAAGGCAUCUGAAG